AUGAAAACGGAUCAAAGAAAUGCCUCGGACAAUAGCACCAGAAGUAACAACCUGAGUAUUAAAGAUGAAGUGGAGAAGGAAUUAAACAAGAAGGGUACUUUUGAAUUGUAUAAGAAAAUAAAGACGCAGAAAAUUCCCUUCUUUUUACCGUUUAAAUGUUUGCCAUCAAGUCAUAGGAAGUUAUUAGGGGUAUCGUUUCUGUGCGCCACGAUAUCAGGCGGCACCUUACCCUUCUUCGUGUCAGUUUUUGGGGUGAUUAUGAAAAAUAUGAAUUUAGGAGAAAAUGUAAAUGAUAUUAUAUUUUCCUUGGUCCUCAUUGGAAUAAUGCAAUUCAUUCUGUCAUUCAUUUCGAGCCUUUGCAUGGACAUUGUAACGACCAAAAUAUUGAAGACGCUGAAGAUAGAAUUUUUAAAAAGUGUAUUUUAUCAGGAUGGCCAAUUUCAUGAUAAUAAUGCGGGGUCAAAAUUGACAUCCGAUUUGGAUUUUUACCUAGAACAAAUCAAUGCAGGAAUUGGAACGAAGUUUAUCACCAUAUUUACGUACACCAGUGCAUUUUUGGGUUUAUACUUUUGGUCCCUAUUUAAGAACGCCAGGCUGACCCUAUGCAUUACGUGCGUGUUUCCCCUGAUAUAUGUCUGCGGUGUUAUUUGCAACAACAAAGUGAAACUUAAUAAGAAAACAUCUCUCCUGUAUAAUAACAACACCAUGUCCAUCAUUGAAGAAGCAUUAGUUGGUAUCAGAACCGUCGUUAGCUAUUGUGGUGAAAAUACUAUAUUGAAAAAAUUUAAUUUGUCAGAAAAGUUGUACAGCAAAUACACGUUAAAGGCAAAUUUAAUGGAGUCUUUACACAUUGGUAUGAUUAACGGGUUCAUUUUAGCAUCUUAUGCUUUUGGCUUUUGGUACGGAACGAGAAUUAUCAUUUCAGAUUUGAGCAGUAACACUCCUAAUAGUGACUUCCACGGAGGAUCAGUCAUCUCCAUCCUUCUAGGUGUACUCAUCAGUAUGUUUAUGCUGACUAUCGUUUUGCCAAACAUAACGGAGUAUAUGAAAUCUUUGGAAGCUACGAACAGUUUGUACGAAAUUAUCAACAGAAAGCCUUUGGUCGAGAAUAACAAUGAUGGAAAGAAAUUAAAAGAUAUUAAAAAAAUUCAAUUCAAGAAUGUACGUUUUCAUUAUGAUACUAGAAAGGAUGUUGAAAUUUACAAGGAUCUGAAUUUUACUCUGACAGAAGGAAAAACGUAUGCAUUUGUUGGAGAGUCUGGUUGUGGAAAAUCCACCAUCUUGAAACUAAUAGAAAGAUUGUAUGACCCAACUGAGGGAGAUAUCAUUAUUAACGAUUCUCAUAAUUUGAAAGAUAUAAACCUGAAAUGGUGGAGAUCCAAAAUCGGAGUUGUUAGCCAGGACCCACUUCUCUUUAGCAAUUCCAUAAAAAACAAUAUCAAGUAUAGUUUGUACAGUGUGAAAGAUUUAGAAAAUUUAUCAGAGGAAUCUACUGAUGAUGGUUUCGCUUCUGAAAAUGGUACCAACUACAAUAGCUGCAAAGCCCAAUGUGCUGGUGAUCUAAAGGACAUGAUGAAAACGACCGACUCGACUGAACUGUUACAAGUGAGGAAGAACUACGAAACGAUUCAAGAUUCCGAAGUUGUCAGUGUUUCUAAAAAGGUGCUAAUCCACGAUUUUGUAUCCGCUCUUCCAGAUAAAUACGACACACUAGUGGGUUCUAAUGCAUCCAAAUUGUCCGGUGGACAGAAACAAAGAAUCUCCAUUGCUAGAGCCAUUAUUAGAAAUCCCAAAAUUUUGAUCCUCGAUGAAGCUACCUCAUCCUUAGACAACAAAUCAGAGUACCUAGUGCAGAAAACGAUAAAUAAUUUGAAAGGAAAUGAAAACAGAAUUACAAUCAUUAUUGCCCACAGAUUAAGUACCAUCAGAUAUGCUAACACCAUUUUUGUUUUGUCCAACCGAGAUAAUGGAAAUAGUUCCACCAUAGAUGUAGAUGUGAUUGGCGAGGACCCAACCAAGGACAACAACGAAAAGAAGGGAAAGAAGGACAAAAAAGGUGACAAAAAACAAAACCAAAAAAUGAAUAACGCAGGAAGUUACAUUAUCGAGCAAGGUACACAUGAUUCGCUGAUGAAAAACAAAAAUGGAAUCUACUACACCAUGAUUAAUAAUCAAAAGGUGUCUUCCAAAACUUCUAAUAACAACGAUAAUGACAAAGACUCAGAUAUGAAGAGCAGCGUUUAUAAGGACUCCGAACAUGGUUACGACAUAGACGACAUGAACGGCAAUAUGAAAAAUGGAAAUGAAAGUUCAUCCGCCAAAAAGGGUGACAAGAUGAAUGAUGCGGAUGCAAGUAACACAAAUGCUGGAGGAAGAUUUGCCUUUUUGAGAAAUAUGUUUAAGAGGAAACCCAAGGCUCCAAACAACCUCCGCAUGGUGUACAGAGAAAUAUUUUCGUAUAAGAAAGACAUUGCCAUUAUAGUCCUGAGCGUUAUCGUUGCUGGAGGUUUGUAUCCCCUGUUUGCUCUGCUUUAUGCUAAGUACGUUUCAACGCUCUUUGAUUUUGCAAACCUAGAGGCGAACUCCAAUAAGUACUCUCUCUACAUCUUAGCCAUUGCUGUCGCCAUGUUCAUUUCUGAGACGCUGAAGAAUUACUACAACAAUGUGAUAGGAGAGAAGGUAGAGAAAACGAUGAAACAGAGACUCUUUGAAAAUAUUUUGUACCAAGAAAUUAGUUUCUUUGAUCAAGACAGCCAUGCCCCAGGAAUGCUCUCAUCACACAUUAACAGAGAUGUACAUUUGCUGAAAACUGGUUUAGUAAAUAACAUUGUGAUUUUUUCGCACUUUAUAGUACUUUUCCUUGUUAGUAUGGUUAUGUCAUUUUAUUUCUGUCCAAUUGUGGCGGCUGUGCUGACCGGAACGUACUUUAUCUUUAUGAGAGUAUUUGCUAUUAGAGCAAGAAUGCAGACCAACAGCAAAGAUGUGGAGAAGAAGCGAAUGAACCAACCAGGCUCAGUGUUUUUAUACAAUAAUGAUGAUGAAAUAUAUAAAGAUCCAAGUUUCCUAAUUCAAGAAGCAUUUUACAAUAUGAACACUGUUAUUAUUUAUGGGUUGGAGGAUUAUUUCUGUACUCUGAUUGAGAAGGCCAUUGACUAUUCGAACAAAGGACAAAAGAGAAAAACUCUAGUCAAUUCAAUGUUGUGGGGUUUCAGCCAGAGUGCCCAGCUUUUCAUUAACAGUUUUGCUUACUGGUUUGGUUCCUACCUAAUUAGAAGAGGUACAAUAGAGGUAGAUGAUUUUAUGAAAUCCUUGUUUACCUUUUUGUUCACCGGAAGUUAUGCUGGAAAGUUGAUGUCCCUAAGAGGAGACUCAGAAAAUGCAAAAGUGUCCUUCGAAAAAUACUACCCAUUGAUAAUGAGAAAGUCCCACAUUGAUGUUAGGGAUAAUGGAGGUAUUAGAAUUAAGAACAGUAAUGACAUAAAUGGAAAAAUAGAAAUUAUGGAUGUGAAUUUCAGAUACAUGUCCAGACCAAACGUCCCCAUUUACAAAGACUUGACGUUCUCCUGUGAGAGCAAAAAAACGACAGCCAUUGUUGGAGAAACGGGUAGUGGAAAAUCUACCGUAAUGAGUCUGCUAAUGCGAUUCUACGAUUUGAAAAAUGACCACCAUAUCGUUUUUAAAAAUGAAGACAAUGAUGAUAUGAACAAGGACCAAAUGGAACAGGGAGAUGAAGAACAAAAUGUCGGAAUGAAAAAUGUAAACGAAUUCAGUUCAGCAAAUGAAAAUGCAGAUGGGCAGAGCAGUGCUUUGUAUAAGAACAGUGGAAAGAUACUGUUAGACGGAGUUGAUAUCUGCGAUUAUAACUUGAAAGAUUUAAGAAGCUUAUUUUCCAUCGUGAGCCAAGAACCCAUGCUCUUUAACAUGUCCAUUUAUGAAAACAUCAAAUUUGGAAAAGAUGACGCCACAAGAGAGGAUGUAAAACGUGCUUGUAAAUUUGCUGCCAUUGAUGAAUUUAUUGAAUCCUUACCAAACAAAUAUGACACGAACGUAGGACCCUAUGGAAAAAGUUUAUCAGGUGGACAGAAACAGAGAAUUGCUAUUGCUAGGGCUUUGUUAAGAGAACCCAAGAUUUUGUUGUUAGACGAAGCUACGUCAUCUCUAGACUCCAAUUCAGAGAAACUCAUUGAGAAGACCAUCGUUGAUAUUAAGGAUAAGGCCGACAGAACAAUUGUUACCAUUGCGCACAGAAUUGCUUCCAUUAAGAGAUCCGACAAAAUUGUCGUUUUUAACAACCCAGAUCGAACUGGCUCCUUUGUACAGGCACAGGGAACACACGAGGAGCUCUUAUCCGUGCAGGACGGCAUUUAUAAGAAAUACGUCAAAUUGGCUAAGUAG